UCGACCUCGUUGUCGACUCGAGCCUCUUCGGCUCGUCGAUAGCCAAGAGACCAGUCUCGCGAGUUCGCGCUUCGAGAACGUGCAAAAGUGAAAUUCGAACGGAUAAUUGCGCUCUUGAUCAGCAGGAGGAAUCGAUUCUUUCGAUUCCUCUCUUUUUCUUUUUCUUUUUUUUCACGUUUUGGUGGACUCGUUUCGUUUACCUCAAAGGGAGAAAGAUUCGCAUGACGGAGCAGCAUGACGAGGCCAUCGAAUCCUGUCCGGAAUCCGGACAGGAUGGAAGAUGGUCGAAAUUCUUCGCGAGGAUUCCGAGCUGUCCAGUGAAGAGUCCACAGCCCUUGAAGGAAUUUGUGGGUCGCUGUCAGACGAUGCCAUCGCGAGUGAAAAAGUCCUUCUGCGGUUGCCUUCAGGAUGACGAGCCACCGGAAAUCACGUAUUGCGUUGUGGAGCACACGGGUACGCUCACGCUUCAAGCGAUGACGCCCACCCUGCCGAUGCCCGCCGAGGAGGAAUUGAACAAGAUGUUCCUCGAAUUGGUGGACGAGUUGGACCUGACCCAGGCCAACCGGCAGGCGGUUCUGGCACUUCCGGCCAACAAAAAGUGGCAGAUAUACUGCUCCAGAAAAGGCAACGGCACGCUGGAGAACGGUGGGCUCAGGACCACCGACCUGAGCGGGGAUCCGGAAGAUUACAUCAACAGGCUGAGGACGAUAGCUAGCAGUCCUUUUCCGGAAGAGGGCGAGGAAGUGUCUAAUCAAAUGCGCCAGACCGAAGCCCUGAAGACCGCUCUGAGAACGCAGCCGCAUAGUUUUGUCCUCAGAUUCAUAGAGCUGGAUGGAUUGAACGCUCUGUUGCAAGUUCUUGGAACAAUGGACGCGGAAGCAGCGAACAGCAAUCUGCACACGAGCGUGAUAGGAUGUUUGAAGGCGUUGAUGAAUAAUUCGAACGGAAGAGCGCACGUAUUGGCCCAUCCUACCGCCAUUAACACGAUAUCUCAGUCGCUGGCGACUGAAAACAUUAAGACGAAGAUAUCCGUGUUGGAAAUUCUGGGCGCAGUGUGCCUGGUCCCAGGUGGUCAUCGGAAGGUCCUCGAAGCAAUGCUCCAUUUCCAGCAGUAUCACUCGGAAAGAACGCGUUUCCAAAGUAUUAUAAACGACUUGGACAAGAAUUUCGGCAUCUACAAGGACAAUCUGUCUCUAAAAACAGCAAUUAUGUCGUUCAUCAAUGCGGUGCUGAAUUAUGGGCCAGGUCAGGUGACGUUGGAGUUUAGGCUGCACCUGAGAUACGAGUUGCUGAUGCUUGGUAUACAGCCGAUCAUCGAGAAGCUGAGGAAGUACGAGAACGAGACGUUGGACAGACAUCUGGAUUUCUUCGAGAUGGUGAGGAACGAGGACGAGAAAGAGUUGGCCAGGAAGUUCGAGAAGGAGCACGUGGACACGAAGAGCGCCACGGCGAUGUUCGAUCUGUUGAGAAGGAAGCUCAGCCACACUGCGGCGUAUCCUCACCUAUUGAGUCUUCUCGAACAUUGCCUUUUAUUGCCUCUCGAUUAUGGCUCUCAUCCUCAACAUUGGCUGUUGUUCGACCGGAUCGUGCAACAGAUCGUUCUUCAGUCGGAGGGUAACGACACAGGUGUGACGAGGAAUCCCGAUGUGGCGCCGAUCGAGAUCAACGUGAAGGAGAUCGUCCACCUGCUCGCUAAGGAAGAAGAACUCGUCGCGGCUAGGAAGAAGGCCGAGGAGUUGGAGCGAGAAAACUCGGACAUGUCGACAAGAUUGGCCAAGAAGGAACAGGAGUUGGAUCUGAGAACGCAGGAGAAAGAAGACAUCGAGGCCAGCUUGGCGAGGGUGAAAGAACGGCUCGAGAAAGAGACGUCGAUGCACAUAGAGACCAAGCAGAGGAUCUCGGAAUUGCAAGACAACCUCGAGACCCUGUCACGCCAGAUAAACAACGAAAAAUCGGAGAGGAAGAGGUUGGAGCAAUUGGUGGCCUCUGGCAGUUUACCGGACGAUGCCAAAGCGACCAUUAAGAUCGUGGAGGACGAGGUUCUGGAGAAAGUCGAGGCCAAGCCAAUGCCACCGCCACCUCCACCCCCNNCCUUGGCACCUCCGCCACCUCCUUGCCUGAUGCCCGCAGCUCCCCCUCCAAUGAAGGUGGAGAUAAUCAAGAAUGUUCCUCAACCGAGCAACCCUCUCAAGUCCUUCAAUUGGUCCAAGAUUCCCGAGCAGAAGUUGCAGGGCACCAUAUGGUCGGAACUCGACGACACGAAACUGUACAACGUCAUGGAUCUGGAGUCGAUCGACAAAAUCUUCUGUGCUUAUCAAAAGAACGGAGUGUCCGCGGAGGGUUCGAUCGAGGAUCUGCGAACCUUAGGCAAGAACAAGAAGACAAUGUCGGUCAUCGAUUCGAGGAGAGCUCAAAAUUGUACCAUCUUGUUGUCGAAAUUGAAAAUGUCCGACAACGAAAUCACAAGAACGAUCCUCUCCAUGGACCAGCAGAAUAUUCUGCACAUAGACAUGGUCGAACAGCUGUUGAAAUAUAUUCCAUCGUCGGAAGAGGCUGCUCUCUUGGACAUGCAUCAGAAAGAGCUUCAAAGCAGGGCUGAUUGUUUCCUGUACCAAAUAUCCAAAGUGCCGCACUACGAGCAAAGACUACGAUCUCUUCACUACAAAAAGAAAUUCGCCGCAAGUAUCGCGGAAUUGACGCCUAGAAUGCGCGCUGUCCUCGAAGCUAGUCGACAAGUGGCCAGAUCCAGGCGGCUCAGAAAGCUCCUCGAACUGGUCUUGGCUUUAGGGAAUUACGUGAAUCGCGGGAACGCCCGUGGGAACGCUUGCGGCUUCCGCCUUGCGUCCUUGAACCGUCUAGUCGAUACCAAGUCCUCUUGCUCCAAGGGCACAACUUUGUUGCACUAUUUGGUCCAGAUCCUCGAGUCCAGGUUUAGAGAGGUGUUGGAUAUCGAGGAGGACAUGCCACACGUUCGAACCGCGGCUAGAGUCAGUAUGGCUGACCUGCAAAAAGAGGUGGCCAACUUGAAGAACGGCCUUCAGGAUGUUCAAAGGGAAAUAGAAUUCCAUCGUGGUCAAUCUCAAGUACUCCAAGGAGACAUGUUCUUGCCAGCGAUGAGAGACUUCCAGGCACAGGCUACGUGUAGGCUGGCGGAAGCUGAGGACCUGUUCCAAGACAUGAAGACCAGAUUCGAUCGAGCAGUAAGAUUGUUCGGCGAGGAUUCGGCAGGCGUGCAACCGGACGAGUUCUUCGGGAUAUUCGAGAACUUUCUGCAAGCGUUAGCCGAGGCCAGGCAAGACGUGGAGAAUAUGAGGAAGAAGAUAGAGGAGGAAGAGCGUAGGGCAAAGCAGGAGCAAGAACUUCGAAAAAGAACGAUGGAGAGAAAGAAUUCUCGAGAAGGGAUAUUGAACAGCAUCUCGUUGAGCAAGAAGAACGAGGCCAACAGCAAUGGGCAGAACGACAAUAAAGGCGAAUUCGACGACUUGAUAUCGGCUCUUCGAACAGGUGACGUGUUCGGGGAGGAUAUAGCGAAAUUCAAACGAUCGAAACGUCGACCCGUGACACCAAGCGGUCAAGAAUCGCGUAGACAUAGCGCGCAUAGGGAAGAUUCCAGAGAGAGACACUGAGAGGGAUAUUUGCUGGAGUCAGGAUCGGUGACUAGAGUGUCACUGGAAUCACUUUACGAUUAAAAACGAUAUGUGAUACAGACGAAACAAGUCGCGUUGAAAGAUAUCAAUUUCCUUAAGGGAUAAAGGAGGGAAUAACAGAUACGAUACGAUAAGUAAGAAACGUGUAAAUAGAGUAAAAAAAAAGAAAAAAAAAAA